GAGUGGAUCCCGAACAACGUCAAGUCGGCGAUCUGCGACAUCCCGCCCAAGGGCCUCAAGAUGUCGACGACGUUCAUCGGCAACUCCACGGCCAUCCAGGAGACGUGGAAGCGCGUGGCGGAGCAGUUCACGGCCAUGUUCCGCCGCAAGGCGUUCCUCCACUGGUACACGGGCGAAGGCAUGGACGAGAUGGAGUUCACGGAGGCCGAGUCCAACAUGAACGACCUCGUCUCCGAGUACCAGCAGUACCAGGACGCGACCGCCGAGGAGGAGGGCGAGUUCGACGAGGAC